AUCACACACUCCCCCCACAGGGAGGGCGGAGAAAGACACACACAGGAGACCAGAGGAACGCACUCAAACUGCACUCUAGUCAGGUCAAAGUUACUGAAAACUGCUGCCGCUGCUGAGCUCUGACAGGUGGAAUGACCAACUAUCCUUCACACUCCAAUGGUAUGCAGAGUCUCCGGAAAGAGCACCUGUAUAAGGUGCUGGUCAUCGGAGACCUGGGGGUCGGGAAGACUUCCAUCAUCAGGCGUUACGUCCACCACACCUACUCGACUAAUUACCGGGCUACGAUCGGAGUUGACUUCGCCCUUAAAGUGUUAAACUGGGAUUCAGAGACGGUGCGGCUCCAGCUGUGGGACAUUGCAGGUCAGGAGCGUUUUGGGAACAUGACACGAGUGUACUACCGUGAAGCCAUGGGGGCCUUCAUAGUGUUCGACGUGACACGGCCAACAACCUUUGAGGCUGUCGUUAAGUGGAAAGAAGAUCUGGAUUCUAAAUUAAUGCUGGCUAAUGGAAAGAGCAUCGCCACCGUUCUGCUGGCCAACAAGUGUGACCAGGGCAGGGAGCUGACCAACAAUGGCAUCAAAAUGGACCAGUUUUGCAAGGACCACGGCUUUGUCGGUUGGUUUGAGACUUCUGCCAAGGACAAUCUCAACAUCAGUGAAGCUGCAAACUUCCUAGUCAAACACAUCAUGGCCACAGAAAACGACAUCCUGAAAACUGUGGUACCCGACACCAUCUCGCCGCAGCUCAACUCCAACAGGCAGAUGAGCUGCUCUGGCUGCUUGAAAUAAUGAAAGGACAGAUCAGUGUGAGAACUGAAAAAGAAUGGAUGCACAGCAGGACUAAGAGGCAAAGCCAUCUGAAUCUUACAAGGAAAGGGGAGCAGUGGUGGUGUGUACUAUGAAACGGUUGGAACAGUUUGGGCUCUUUGGUCCAAACUAGAGUUGAACAUUUUAGUUUGUUGCGCUUUUGAGGAGCAAACCCAAGCUUGCAGACUGAAGUCACUUGAAGUUGCUCAUUUAUUUAACAGUUUUUGUUGUAACGUGCCAUGCUGCGAGUGAGAAGUUUUUGCCGGAAUAAUGAAAUAACACUGCUGUCUGUGCUUUUCGUCACGAUGUGGUGUGUUGAGCCAGAGAGCAUAGACACAAAUCUCUGGUCAUCUCUGCCUAUUUUUUUUUUUAACCUGAUUCAAUUUUUACUCUUACAACAACAGCUCGCUUUGAAAAAGACUGGCAACAUCUUCACCUCAUGAAUGGUGUGAAAGUUCUCCCGAUACGCUUGAUGCAACACACCCAAAGGACUCAAUGCAAAUACACAUCUUUAAUUUUAUUCUGCACUAGCCAAAGAAAACAGUACUGACCUCUUUCAGAGGAUCCCAUAUAUUUUUUUUUUGUUGCUAUUUUUUAAUUAUGUGAAUUUUGCACUUUUUUUUUAAUCAAAUACGUUGUUUAUAUAAUUAACUUUGAGUAUUUAACACUGGGUAAUGUACCAAGAUAAACUGCUUCAAAUCUGUCACACAACUAACAAACUUUAAUUUGUUGGUUAUAUCUGUAGUAACAGUUUGGUUGUGGCAAGAAGCUGCAAAGAAGUGGAGUGAAAUAUUUUAGGCACACAAACAUCCUGGAGCCUGCUUGCUGUUAGCAGACUUUUAUGGCCAUGGAACAGACGUGCUGGAGCAAUUCAAGUUUUAUGUGGUCAAAGAUUUCCCAGACAUAUGUCUUUGUCAAUAGUAGGGGAGUGGUUGUCAUACUGCUAAACACUGGGUUUUAGGCUACAACAUCUAAAUGGUAAAUGGACUGCUUUGUUAUUGAUCUCUCAUAGUGCCUUACACUACAAGCCACACUCACAGAGCAUCUUACUCACAAGGACAGUUCGGUUAAUUUCAGCUGGAGCCGUGGACCAAAUCAUCAGUUUCCGAUUAGCAAAACUUCACAGUGUUAGUUUGGCCCACGCUACCUCCUGAGUCACACUUUUAUCAGAAGUGAUUAUUAAGUGUCUGUGUAUGUAAUUUUUCUUCAUCAGAACCUAACCCCUUGUAUCCAUGGUAACUGGAGUCUUUUUGGAGUAUCCUCCAACAUCUUUGUGAAGCUAUUUCUCUCUGUUUGCAGGCACACAUCAACGCUCGUUCCCAUAUAGACAGAUUUCUGUAAUCUCUGCAUCCUUGUUCCUGUUCUCAUUUUUUUUAAUUGUUUCACUGUGUUUUUUACUCUUAGCUUAGCUAUUUGAAGUUUUUCUUUUGUAUGUUUUCUGCUUUUUCCUCUGCUUUCUUCUAUUCUUUGAUUUACAUUUUAUACAUUAGGUACAUUAUGCAGAUACUGUAUUCAUCAUCUGCUACAUACCGUGGGAUUUAGUACUUAACCUGAUUGUCCAGCCAGUAGCCUUGCAUUGACCCUGCUCCUUUGUACUCCUUGCUAGUAUUAUCCUUUAAAUUCAUUCUUUUGUUCUUCUUCAGUGAAUUAAGACAGAAAAGAUUUGACCUGAUAUAAAUUUAAGUUAGCUCUCAUAUCCUGAUCUGGAUCAGCCCACUAAUCUGGAUUAAAUUAAUUGUUUGGUCUGUUGGGAUUUCUGCUAAUGUACUAUGGGAGGUUACUUCCAUAGCUGACCGAGGUUUAUAUGGCAGUGUCAUGUGGUAGUGUGAGUUUUUAUUGGUUAUUUACAGCAUGCACAAGGGUGGAUUUAAACAAUCUCCUCUCCACAGAAAAAUGUCACAUUUUUUAGCUCAUCAUGAGAGCGUCUGAAGUCAUGCAUCUAUCAUAUGAUAUCAGAAUGGCGGCAUUACACUUUACAGGCACAGGAAAAUAUGCUGUGAGAAAUCAUUGUAUGAUGUGUUUGAGAAGCAAAGAAAGACUUAACAUCACUUCUUCAGUUGUUAUGCUGUGUGAAGAUUGUACUUGUGUAUUUAUUUUAAAGCUGUGAAAUCAGUUAACACAUAGAAAACAUGUUAUCUGUUUUUAUAACACUUUCAUAAGACUUCAUAAAACAAUGACUUUAUUCAUCCUCUUUAACCUGAAACAAACAUUUAUUUUCUGAUCACUCUGAGGACCACUGUAAGACAGUGAACAGAAAAUCAGUGUCUUAACUUUUAUUAGUUUAAUAAAAAUUAGACAUUGAGUUUGU